AUGUUUUUUAAUGAUGAAACUAGUGAUGAGGGUGGUGAUACUGUUAAUUUAUUUGCCAAAUAUUUGUCAAAAGUAUAUUCUGAUAAAGCAUUUCAAAUACCUGAAUAUUACACGACAGGGCUUGUGGAUCAAUUCGAUGUCAAAUUUGUAGAGUUAUCUUUAGUAGAGGUUUUUGACGAGAUUCUUGGCUUACAGAGCAAGACUUCUGCGGGACCGGAUGGCAUACCCAGCUUGCUACUUCGUGAAUGUGUAUGUACUCUGUCGAAGCCUAUUUGCACUUUAUUCAAUCUGUCUUUAAAGUCGGGAGUAUUUCUUUCUUUUUGGAAGAAUUCAUAUGUUACGCCGAUAUUUAAGUCUAGUAAUACUAGUGAUGUCAGUAAUUAUCGGGGAGUUUGUCUACAGUCAACCUUGCCUAAACUUUUGGAUGCACUUGUAACCAAGCAAUUGUCAUGGCAAUGUAAAAGCCUUAUUAUUAACAGUCAACAUGGUUUUCAAAAAGGUCGUUCCACUGUUACUAACUUAAUAUGUUAUGAAGAUUAUCUGUUUAAUGCUUUUGGUAAAGGUUCACAAGUUGAUGCUGUUUAUACGGAUUUUUCGAAGGCGUUCGACAGAGUUAAUCAUGCGCUUCUACUGGCAAAGCUCCAAGCUUUGGGUUUGGAUCAAGUGUUAUUUGUUGACUAA